AUGAUUCACGGCCUGAAUAAUCGGCCUGGCUUCCGCGUACUACUUGGGGUUUGUGUAUUUCUCCUUUGCAGGAAGACGAGCUUGAUGAUAAACAAUAUCAUCGGCGUUGUCGGUGCAAUUGUCAGUUUUCUCUGUGUCACUGUUGAUCAUCCAGCUCCCCUCUACAUAGGUCGAGCAAUCAGUGGAGUCAACUGUGGACUAACAAUUGGAAUUGCAUCAAUGUUCCUCACUGAAAUCGCACCCCGACAUCUUCGGGGAAUGAUUGGUGCUUGUAAUCAGCUGGCCAUUACCAUUGGAAUUGUUGUUGGCUAUUUGACAACUCUAAAUCAGACUCUCAAUACUCCAACUUUGUGGCCAGUUGCACUUGCUGUUGGGGGUGUGCCUGCCGCAAUCGCCUUCAUUUUGUCAUUCUUCUUCGUAGAGUCUCCUCGAUGGAUCUAUCUUGUGAAAAACGAUGAGGAGGGUGCUAAGACAGCGUUCGUGCGUUUAAACGGCAAUGAGAAUGCUGAGAUGUUCCUCGCUGAAAUGCGUGAGGAGGCUGAGUUCGCUAGGAGCCAGACAGAGUUCAAGUUCCUUGAACUUUUUCGUAGACGUGAUCUGCGAAUGCCAGUCAUCAUUGCUGUUCUCAUUCAAGUCAUGCAGCAGCUUUCUGGUAUCAAUGCAGUUGUAACGAACUCCAAGCAAAUGCUGAAGACAGCUCAAGUCGUCGAGGGUUUGGACUUCUUUGUGGUGGGUAUUGGUGUUCUCAAUGUUGUUGCUACAAUUGCUGCUUUGCCACUAUUAGAAAAACUUGGCCGAAGAACUCUCCUGCUGUGGCCAACCCUCGUUUUAGCCAUCACCCUCCUACUCCUCAUUGUCUUCGUCAAUGUCGCAAACAGAGAUGAUGUCAUAAACAAAACUCCCUAUGCCCUAACGUCCGUGGUAUUGGUGUUUAUCUAUAUAGCAGCUUUUGCUAUAGGCCUAGGGCCGUUACCGGCGUUGAUUGUGGCCGAGAUUUUCCGACAAGAACCUCGUGCUUCGGCCUACUCUCUCAGCUUGGGCAUCCAAUGGGCAUGUAACCUUGCUGUCACCUCAUCAUUCGCUCCUCUUGAUCAACUUUUGGGUGGGUAUGUCUACCUUCCGUUCUUGGUGAUCGUCAUAGUCUGCUGGACUGUAUUCCUACUCUUCAUGCCCGAGACAAAGAACCGCACAUUUGACGAAGUAGCAAGAGAUCUGGCCUUUGGUACCAUCGUGGUCGGUAAACGAACCGCUGCUCUUCAGGCUCCAGUCUUCACUAAGGAAGACGAUGGAGCAGCUAUUGCAUUGCGCGACGAUGACGAGAUCAAAGCUUAA